AUGAAUUUGUAAGAGGAAGAUAUUGAACAAUGUCAGCGAGCUUUCAAUGAUUUGGAUGAUAGAGGAGAGGGCGAAAUUAUGGCAGAUGAUUUGGAACUUGCUUUAGAAAUGGUGGGUUUAAAGUAGAAACCACACAAGGUUCAUAAAUUAAUUAGUGAAAUUGACGAUGGAAACAGAGGUCGCAUCAAAUUUAAGGAGUUUUUGACUUUAUUUGCCAAACUUAAAUAUGCUGGUUUAUAAGAUGAUGAUUAAGAUAUGAUUGAUGCAUUUGUAGCUAUGGGUGGGAAUGAAGAUACAACUGGAAAUGUAGAUGCCGAAAAGCUAAUCAGGAUUAUUAAGAACGAAUUCGAAUUAACGAUCGACAUUGAAGGAUUGAUCAAAGAAGUAGACACAGAUGGAUCAGGAGUCAUUGAAUUCGGUGAGUUUAAAGAAUUACUAAAGACUAAUUAUUUAUAAGAUGAUGAAAAUGACAUUCCUUGA